AUGGCUUCUACAGUACUACCAGAUUUUGUACAGGAAACCGUGCAAGAAGAUUUGAAUCGUUCUUUAACAUCUAAGUCUGAAUCGGAUUCGUAUGCUGCCAAUGGUAGUGGAGUCCACAAUGAUGCUGAUGUUGAAUCUUCUGAACGUGAAAAUCCCUCUUUACACAGUGAGCAAGAAGUUGCUGCUCCUCAAACAGCAUCUGAUCAUCGCGUUAGCAUAGUUCAGCGCAAACUGAAUGGUUAUGUAGGAUUCUCUACUUUGCCAAACCAAUGGCACCGCCGAUGCGUUCGCCAAGGCUUCUUUUUUAACCUAAUGGUUUUGGGAGAAAGCGGCAGCGGAAAGUCGACGCUCGUGAAUACUCUACUUAAUAGGGAUGUACAUUCCUUGGGCCCACAGUCUCUUUCUAACGAACAAGGAAUACUGUCUGAAUCUACUGUUGAAAUUUCAAACGAUACUGUACAUAUAAUGGAAAACGGAAUUAAUCUAGAUAUGUCCGUGAUUGACACUCCUGGUUUUGGUGAUUUCAUCGACAACACAAACUGCUGGGAACCUAUAGUAAACGACAUUGAGAGCCGCUACAACGAAUACCUUGACUUUGAAAAACGAUUACCUAAGUCUUCUAUAAAGGAUCCACGAAUUCAUGCUUGUAUUUUUUUCAUCCAGCCCACUGGCCAUGCUAUGAGUGCAAUGGAGCUUCAAGUUUUGUUAGCCCUUCAUGAAAAAGUGAACAUUAUUCCCGUGAUCGCUAAAGCCGAUACCCUUACCGAUGAAGAAAUCAACUUGUCAAAGGAAAUAGUUUUACGAGACAUUCAACAACAUAAUAUUCGUAUUUUUGUUCCUUCUACGUAUCCCAUGGAUGAUCCCGAGUCCGUCGCAGAGAAUGCAGACAUAAUGAGUCGCAUUCCUUUUGCAAUUAUUGCUUCAAAUUCUUUCGUUAUCAACGGCGAUGGUCGUAGAGUUCGAGCUAGAAAGUAUCCAUGGGGUGUGGUCGAAAUAGAUAAUGAGGACCACUCUGAUUUUCCAAAACUUCGGGAAAUGCUAAUCCGUACGCACCUGGAGGAAUUAAAGGAUCGCACCAAUGACCUGUAUGAAACAUACAGAACCGAGCGUCUCAUUAAGAGUGGUAUUUCUCAAGAUCAUUCUGUAUUCCGUGAAGUAAACCCUGCUGCCAAACUAGAAGAAGAGCGAGCUCUUCAUGAUGAAAAACUGAUGAAGAUGGAAGCCGAAAUGAAGGUUAUCUUCUCACAAAAGGUAAAGGAGAAGGAAGAUCGUUUGAACCAAUCUGAAAAGGAGUUACGUGUUCGUCACCGUGAUAUGAAAGCAGCUUUGGAAAAACAAAAGGUAGACUUAGUGGAUCGUAAAAACCAUCUCACGCAGCCGAAAUCCAGUGACCACGAAAAAUUUAAGAGAAAGUUUUUCAAAUGA